AGGCGAGAUGAUUUGUUGACAAGGAUGACAAUCGACGAUCUUAAAGAGAACAACGUGUCCGCCCCACUUGAUUGUUUCAUAUUUUGAUUAAUUAGAUGUGGCGCCGUACACGUCAAUACGAGUGUAGAUAUUUUAAUUGAAUGGAUUAAAUAAAUGUACUAUUUAUGCAGCUAGCUGUAACUAUAGCGAGGUUAUUCACAUGCAUGAGAGAUAGCAUCGCUGUGCUACAUCCCUUUCAUCGCUAAUUAUUGUCUUAGGAAGCUGAUAACAGUGUGCAGUGGCUAGUUAGCUAGCGAGGCUUCUACAAUUUAGCUAGUAUAGUUAAUGAAAGAAUACAGGGAGAAUUCGAUCCCUGGAAAUCCAGCUGCAAGUCUGGAUCACAUCAAGCCAUGUUGGUACUGGGACAAGAAGGACCUGGCUCACACCCCCUCCCAGUCCGAGGGUCUGGACCCGGCCACCGAGGCCCGGUACCGAAGAGAGGGGGCUCGAUUCAUCUUCGACGUGGGCACGCGCCUGGGACUACACUAUGACACAUUGGCUACAGGGAUCAUCUACUUCCAUCGCUUCUACAUGUUUCAUUCCUUCAAGCAGUUCCCCAGAUAUGUGACUGGGGGUUGCUGUCUAUUCCUGGCUGGUAAAGUGGAAGAGACCCCAAAGAAAUGUAAAGACAUCAUCAAGACCGCUCGCAGCCUGCUGAAUGACAUACAGUUCGCCCAGUUUGGAGAUGACCCAAAGGAGGAGGUGAUGGUGCUAGAGAGGAUCCUGCUACAGACCAUUAAGUUUGACCUGCAGGUGGAGCACCCAUACCAGUUCCUGCUCCGCUACGCCAAGCAGCUCAAAGAUCUGAAGUAUUUCCGAUCUGUUUCAGGUGAUAAGAACAAAGUCCAGAAGCUAGUUCAGAUGGCCUGGACCUUUGUGAAUGACAGCUUGUGCACUAUGCUGUCCCUACAGUGGGAGCCAGAGAUCAUAGCUGUAGCGGUCAUGUACCUGGCUGGCCGGCUGUGUAAGUUUGACAUCCAGGAAUGGACGUCCAAGCAGUCUUCACGGCGAUGGUGGGAGCAGUUUGUCCAGGAUGUCCCAGUGGAGCUGCUGGAAGACAUCUGCCACCAGAUCCUAGACCUAUACUCCCAGGGCAAGCAGCAGAUGCCCCAGACCCCCAGCGAGAAGACCCCACCUACCCCCGUCCCCACCCCCGUCCUCACCCCCACCCCUCAGCAGCUGCAGGCCCUCACCCAGCCCCCGCUCCCCAACCCCCCCGUCCCGCCACCACUCAGCAAGAAGGUCUCGCCCCAGACCAGCCCUCCCCGCCAGCUCAAACGAGCCCACGUAUCAUCUCCUAAAGAACAAAGCCAGGCACCUGAGCCAGUGGGUUCUAAGAUCCCCAGGCUGGAGCCUCCGAUGCCCCCUCUACCCACAUCACAACCCCCCUCGGACCGCAAGCCUCCAGCCUCCCACCCCUCCGCCCUUCUCCCAGGAGAGACAGACCCAGCUGGGGCAGGAGGCCCAGCGGAGCCCCCUAAAGGACCUCCACCUCCCCCCCACUCAGCCUCCCUCCACCAGCCUCCCCCGCUUCCCCACCGCCCCCCUCCACCACCCCCAUCCAGCUAUAUCAUGGGCAUCCCCACCUCCAGCUCCUAUAUGUCAGGAGAGGGCUUCCAGAGCCUCCAGUCUAUGAUGAAGACAGAGGGGCCGUCCUACAGCACCGUCCCUCCAUCCUAUGGCCCUCCCCUGGCCUACCACAGCCAUGUCUACCCCCCUAACGCCCCACCGCCUGGUCCUCCACUCUCCGCCUCCUACCCUCCACCCAACCUCCCUCCACCCUCGCCCGCCUACCCCCCGCCGGGGUACAACCACAGCUACCCUCCCCCGCCCCCUCAUCGCAUGCCCCCGGGACACGGGGAUUAUCCGCCUGUGAUGGGCAUCCCUCCUAGCAACUAUCCCCCACCCCCUGGAGGACAGAGCCAGGUACCCCCUCCGCUGCCCCCUGGUAUGCCCCCCAUCGGUGGCAUGAGUCAGGGGGCGUGGUUGAGGUGAGGGGCGUGAGACUGGAUGUGGCAAACCAACACUAGUCCUACAGUGUUACUGACAGACAGCUUUAGUGAUGGGGGCCAAUUGAGGAGACCGGCCUCAUGUACUCCCUGUAGUUUUCUGAAGCUGUCAUCUUAGGAUUGCAAAAUUAAAUACAAUUCUCAGGUUUUCCAGAAGUCCCGGUUGGAAAAUUCCCGGAAUCGUAAGGGAAUAACCAGGAAAUCUGGAACCUCCAACCAGGAUUUCUGGAAAACCUGGGAAUUUGGGGAACAUUACCAGAAUUCUGCAACCCUACCUCUCCUACAAGCCAAACAGCACAGCCACACCUCAUGAAGAACCAACCAUUAACUUCCAUUGCACAAGUUAGUUAGUGUGAAAUGCAUAAUGUAGUGUUUGUUGUACAAUGGCUGUUUUUAUAUUAGCCUUUUAGUAACAUGUUUAUUUGUAAUUUUUUAUAUGAAAACUUUUAGGUUAGCUUGCUGUACAAAUGUAGGAAAGAAUGGUGGGACCAAAAAGGAAAAUGGCAGCUCCACUCUAACCAUUCCAUGGCUUUGGAUGUAUUGUACAGUAUCUUCCACAUGCAUUCCGUUCUGUUUGAAACACACUACUAAACCAGUAUUAUAUUCAAAUGUCAAUGAAUAGUCUUCCAUUGUAGCAUUGUGCAUGGCCUGGAACAUAAAGACACACAGGACAAACACACACACUUUAAAUAAACACACCUUUUUAUGGGUGUUUGGACAUUUAUGUUUUGUUGUUGAAAAAAGUCUGUUUAAUGCUUGCACACUCUUAGGGGGAAAAAAGGUGCUCUCUAAAACCUAAAAGGGUUCUUCGGCUGUCCCCAUAGAAUAACCAUUUAUGGUUCCAGGUAGAACACUUUUGGGUUCCAUGUAGAACCCUUUCCAC